AUGUACCGAUGUCUACAAAGCUGUCUUCCUAAGGUUCAUCAUGAAUUCACGUCCUGGAGGCAUUUGUCUGCUGUGCAGUCGAAGAUCUCGAAAUUUGAGUCUAUACUUGGGAAGGAAGCCGUUUCUACAAAGGAGGCAAUAAGAAUGCAAUACGCGAGAGAUGAAGGUCAUCUAUUGCCUCAUCCUCCUACAGUUGUACUUUUACCAAAAACAGUUGAGCAGGUGUCAGCAAUCUUACGUGUGUGUAAUGAAGAGAUCAUCCCCGUUGUUCCAUACGGGACUGGCACUGGACUGGAAGGAGGUAGCGUAUCAUUAGAGGACUGUGUCUGCCUUUCCACUACUGCGAUUGAAGGAGGCAUCUGUGAACUCAACGAAGCAGACUUUGACGUCAGUGUACGUCCUUCGGUUACCAGAAAAGAACUGAAUGCUUUUAUUCGAGAUACCGGUCUCUUUUUUCCAGUAGAUCCUGGAGCUGAUGCCUCUCUGUGCGGAAUGGUAGCUACCUCAGCAAGUGGUACCAACGCUGUGCGAUACGGUACCAUGAAAGAGAAUGUCCGGAAUCUUGAAGUUGUACUUGCCGACGGUUCCAUUGUACAUACUAGAGGAGAACGUGGACGGCCUCGAAAAUCAGCAGCCGGGUACGACUUGACUGGACUAUUCACCGGGUCUGAAGGAACUCUCGGUAUCAUAACAAAAGCUGUUCUUAGGUUACAUCCUCGACCGCAAGCCCAAUCCGUAGCACUCUGUCACUUUCCCACUGUAGCCGAUGCUGUGAACUCAGUUGUAGAGACAAUGCAAAUGGCUGUCCCGAUAGCAAGAAUAGAAUUCCUCGACGAGGUACAAGUUGCUGCCUGCAAUAAGUACAGUCAUAUAGAACUGCAGGAGCAACCAACCCUUGCUCUCGAGUUCCAUGGUCAGACUGUGGCUGAAGUCGAGCAGCAAGCAAAAACUGUCGGAGAAAUCUGCACUAGCAAUAAUGGCUCUGCCUUUCAAUGGGCUACCGAACCUGAGCAAAUGGACAAGUUGUGGACAGCUCGUCAUCAUGCGUACUACGCUGCCGUAGCUAUGAGGACUGGGGCUGCUGGGUUUAUAACAGACGUUUGCGUGCCCAUAUCAAAGCUUGCUGAGACUAUCGUACAAACAAGAAAUGAUCUCGAUGCAACUGGUCUCAAAGGAGCUAUUGUCGGCCAUGUUGGUGACGGAAAUUUCCAUGUGACAAUUCCUGUAUUUGAAGAGAAUGAAGAAGAAAUGAAGAUGGUGCAUGCAUUCUCGGACAGAUUAGUUCGCCGCGCUUUGUCUGUGGGUGGUACAUGUACUGGUGAACACGGCAUUGGAGUGGGCAAGAUCCACUACCUCGAAGAGGAAUUUGGAGCUGCUGGACUACAAACCAUGAAAAUGAUCAAAAAAGCGCUUGAUCCGAAUAACAUCCUGAAUCCUGGGAAAAUCUUCGCAUGAAGCUUUUAUUUUCUGGUUUAGAUUCUUUCAAGUUUAGAUAUGAGUGCUCAGCCGUCAAAAUAUUAAUAGUCGCAUAAUAAUUCUUAGCACGACCCAGAUUGAUGAAUAACUUCCUUGCAGGAAACUUGACCGUUCUGUGAUGAUAUUUUGCUCAUAGGUCACUUUGUUAAUCAUUCUGUCCUACUAACAUUCUAAAUGCUUCUCACUCUUCAGGUAUUAUUUGUAUCCUUUCCGAUUGUUUCAGGAAAAAAGUAUCUACAUGGAACAACAUGUGCCUUUCUAAUGUGUUUAUGUACAUAAAAUACAUAAAUGUGAG